GCCGUAUCGUUACUUUAAAGCUCUUAUCCAUUAAUUAUUAUUAGUGUCGAAUUGCUCGUCUAAUUAAUAUAGCACAUGGUUGUAUACCACCAUUAUGGAUAUCCUCCGGCCAUUUACUAGGAUUAUUAUUAACCAACGAAGUCGGAUGAGGACAUUUACAGCAUUAAAGAGCUUCCCACUUAACGCCUUUACUGCUUUCCAUCCUUUAGCACACUAGGCUCCUUUAUCUCGCUAAUGCCACGUUACGGGAUACGGAAAACCCAGAGUAGCGUCCAUACUUCCUGCUAUGCAUUAAUGGCUAUCUAGAUCUACGGCGCCUGUAUCCCGUAUCUGGAUUGAUUAUACAAGGUUUGCUAGCAAUGACAAUGCGUUAUACCGACAUGCCGGGAAGCGAAGCUCGUCAAAUAUUGGAUCAACUGAGCAAGGAUGAGUUAGAUUGUGUCAAGAGUGAUGCAGAGGGAAGUAUCCGGGCUACUUUCAUGGUUAACUUGGACUUGGCCUUUACAGACCCAGAAAGGGCAGGGCCGCGAAUGUGGCACGCGAUUUCGAGUUUUUAACUGCUUUCCAAGAUUUUCUCGAGCGAGAUCGAAUGGAGGAUUGAUUCAUUCUUAGCGGUGAAAGAGCUCGACGAUAUCUGCUUGCUGCACCGCAAUAAAAAAACCAGGUGGGCGCGCGAUACACGAAGGACGGCUCCGUAUAUGCUCUUCGUGCCAGGGUGGUUUUCAGCAGAUGCGAGUUUUACGGGAUUGUGUAAGG